GUGGUUUCGCACACGGACACUAACAGAGGAAGUAGCGCUUAGCACAUCCGCUGUUCUAAUCCCUCCGGAGCCGGUCGUCGUGCAGUAGCAUGCAAAACAUGUUAACCAUCAUCUCCUCCGCGCUGUGCAGGAUCACUGGCAGGAAUGUGGGAGCCCAAACAGUGUCCGAGUUGCUGAUUGACCUGUCAGAGUACGUCAAUGUAACCUCGCCGGCGGCGCCCGCCUUGGCUCAGACCCGGCGGCAACCACCCAAACCACCACCAGUCAGUACUAGAGAGCCCGGCGCUGCAGAGUUAGUUAGCAACCAGACCGGCCAGCUAGACAGACCAGGUGCCAGAGUCGUGGUUUCUCGCUCCUACGCCGACUUCAACUCACAGGCGACCUUUGACAUCAAGAAAUGCGACGUGCACCGUCUGGAGGAGGCCCCCCCGUUGAAGGCGGAUCUGACCCGGGAUCAGGGUCUUCAUUAUUACCGCGUCAUGCAGACUGUGAGGCGCAUGGAGCUCAAAGCUGAUCAGCUCUACAAACAGAAGAUCAUCAGAGGCUUCUGUCACCUCUAUGAUGGACAGGAAGCAUGUGCAGUCGGCAUCGAGGCGGCCAUCAACCCCUCCGAUCACCUGAUCACCGCCUACCGCGCCCACGGCUACACCUACACCCGCGGCAUCGCCAUCAAAGAGAUCCUGGCCGAGCUCACGGGUCGUAGAGGAGGCGUGGCCAAAGGAAAGGGAGGUUCCAUGCACAUGUACGCUCCAAAUUUCUACGGAGGAAACGGCAUCGUGGGAGCUCAGGUUCCUCUUGGAGCUGGCAUCGCUCUGGCCUGUCAGUACCAAGGCAACAACCAGGUGUGCGUCUCACUCUACGGAGACGGGGCGGCCAAUCAGGGUCAGAUCUUUGAGUCCUUCAACAUGGCCGCCCUCUGGAAGCUGCCGUGCAUCUUCAUCUGCGAGAACAACAAGUACGGCAUGGGGACGUCUGUGGAGAGAGCUUCAGCCUGCACCGACUACUACAAGAGAGGAGACUACAUACCGGGAAUCAGAGUUGAUGGGAUGGACGUCCUGUGUGUCAGAGAGGCCACAAAGUUUGCUGCAGACCACUGCAGAUCAGGAAAGGGUCCCAUAAUAAUGGAGCUGCAGACCUACCGUUACCAUGGACACAGCAUGAGUGACCCAGGCGUCAGCUACCGAACGCGUGACGAGAUCCAGGAAGUGCGCAGUAAGAGCGACCCCAUCACCAUGCUGAAGGAGCGCAUGCUCAGCAACAACAUGGCGUCUGUGGAGGAGUUGAAGGAAAUCGACAUAGCGAUCCGUAAGGAGGUGGAGGAGGCGGCUCAGUUCGCCACGUCGGACCCGGAGCCCCCGCUGGAGGAGCUGUGCAACCACAUCUUCAGCAACGACUCACCGAUGGAGGUCCGCGGGACGAACCCCUGGGUCAAACUCAAGUCCGUCAGCUAGACUAUCACACUCCAGAUUCACACACACACACACACACACACACACACACACGCACACACACACACUGAUCUUCCUCACUGUCCUAAACUAAAGCCCCUUAAACUGCACUGACCCCUGACCUUUAAAGAAAUGACAUCAGCACCUCCUUUGAUUUUUAGAUCAUUCCGCACCUUAACGGGACUUUGACCUGAAACCUGUCAGUGUUUAUUUAUUUAUAGUUGUGUAUAUAGAAAUAUUUAUUAUGUGUCUGUAUGUUCGUCUGAUCACAGGAGAUCUGUGGUGAAGGAGAAGAGUCUCCAGAGUGCUGCGUGUACUUUUUAAAUAUAUAUAUAUCAUAGUUUUUCAGGGCUGCUUAUUAUACGCACAAAACUUGAGUUUCCUCUUUCCAACAAACAUUUAAAUUCCUUCUAGCAACUUUUAAAUGUUCCUCAAAAUCCAAUUCUGCUUUUUUUUUUUUUUUUUUAAUUCUUUCACCUCUUAACUUUUCAGAUCUUAAAAUACACCACAGGGAAAGAUGCAUUAAAUAUGAGUACAUUAACACAAAUACUGUACUUCAGACUAAACUAGACGGUAUAUAAAGUGGUAUAAAUAAUUAUAAUCCAAUAUAUAUUCUGAAAUGGGUCCUUCUGCAUACUGAGUAUAUUUAGAUGCUUGUACUUUUUGUGGAUUUACUUAAGCUUAAGUAGAAAUACUCUGUUACAAGUAAAAGUCUUGCAUUGGAAACUUUAAGGAGUAAAAGUUAAGAGUACUUGCUUAUUUGUAGGUGUAUUUAUUUUGAGUUGAAUUGACCAUAAGAGGAUUUCUGAAUAUUAAGAUGACUGUUGAUCAGAGCAUCAAAUACCCAAACUAAAUAUUUAAACUUUCAGUAAAUGUUUUCUCCAGAACUACUUGAAGGAAACUUUCACUUUUCCAUCCAGCCUCACUGGAGUACUUGAACUUUCCAAAUAAAAUAAAAUGUGUGUGUUUGAAAAGUUGACACUAAAGUUUAUAGAGAAUUCUUCUCUGCUGGAGGACGGAUGCACUAAAAUAAAGUAUUUUAGUUUAUUUACAACACUUUAUUGUAGAGAAUGUAUAGCUUUAUUGUUCUAUUGUACUAGUAUCUGUGUAAAAACAAAGCAGCAUUGAGGUGAUUUCCUCUUCCUCGUUUCACGGACCUCUCUGUUCUCUACAGGAACGUUUUCUGUUACUGAACGUGUACAAAUACUUCACUUUACUUCACCUUUAUGUGUUUGUGUUGAACUGAGACUGUCUGAAAAAUAAAU